AUUCAAGAAGCGAUACGGCCUCUUGGUCCGCCGCCAGCGCCGCCACGGUGAUGUCGAGAACCCGGCCGAGGAUAUCGAUUAUCUUGCCGAAUGCGUACCCCGGUUCAUGCCCAUCGUCGCCGAUACGAGCCCUGCCGCGAUGAGGGAGCAGAUUGUCCGGGUGAUCGUCCGCCGCCAAUCUACCCCUGCCCCGUAUAGCGGCGCUGCCGCGAUUGUUGCUAGCCAGGCGGCGGCGGCGGUGGCUGCCAGUGCUGGCGAGCCUGUGCACCAACCGCCGAUCGACUCUCAGCUCUACGCCGACAACGAAGACGACCCCGAGGUUGUGCUCCAAAACGCGCUACGGCAGCUUCAGCAAGAGGAGGCCGAGGCCGAGGCCAGCGCCGCCUCCGUUCGCCAGGAGCGGGAACGCGCUGAGCAACUGGGUCAAUCAGGAGUCGCCAUCAACACCCCGACGCGCCAGAGUAGCUCCAGAAUCUCGAAUGCCGACGAGGAUCUGAAUCUCAAACCCAUUAGCUCCGCUGCGCCCGUGUCUAACUACGAUAGGCCCGUGUUAUGCCCCUUUUGCGUGAACCAGAGGAUGCUGCGGACUAUUAAGGAAGCCGUUGAGCAUCUCUCAACGCACGUCGUCGUUUAG